AUGCUCAGAAAAAAAUUGACCAAGUUCUGGAUAUCAAGGAAGAAGGCCAUUCACCUCCUUCAAAAGAUACAAAAGACUCAAAGAAAGUGUCAUCUAAUGAAUCAAGUUGGACUACAUGGUUAUCUUUUGAUGGUUCCUCUGAAGAGAAACCUCUCUUAUGUUAAAUGCCUGAUUGAAGAAGCCAUGGAAGAGACUCGGUCAGACCAUAGUGACAGUCACUCCAAUUCAGCCGACCGUUCAGAAAGCUCCAAAACAGAAUCGGAACAUAACAGUGAAAAAAGUAUCAGUGGACAUGAUUCUGGGGAUGAGAUUGACACGACGACAUCAUCUGAUAUUGAAAUCAUAUCUACACCCACCCCGAAUGGGGAACGGGGAGAACAUUUAUUUGAUCUAUCCCCUUUGCGACUGACUUUGCAUAAAUCUUUGCGGAGGCAUAGUCCAGUUCAUAGCCAUUAUCGGUCAGAUAGCCAGUCUAGUUCAAGUACAUACAGCAAGUGUGGAGAGUCUGACCAGCUAAGUCCAAGAAGAGACAGUUUAGAAAGGCAAGAUUUAGAAUCGGGUGAUGAAAGUAAAGAAGUGACAUCAACUAUAACUAAAGAGCACUCUGAAAAUUACGAACAGAUAAAAUCAAAUGAAAACACAGUCAGUGAAAAGGACCCUUGCCAUCCAGACAAAUUAUUAAAGCUGGAAGUACAACCUAGACAGACUGUGGAGUUCUGUAAGAAACUAGCAGAAAUGUCUGAAAUUCUUCAGCAUCGUGAGAAUAAGCUUGUGCAACUAAGCCGAGAAAACAAUGAUCUUCUGGAAAGCAACAGUAUUCUACGGAACCAACUUCUCCAAUGUGAAGAGACACGCGAGUCAGAAAUGGCUGAUGUUAAUGCACUAACACAAGAGUUUACCAUACGUAUUGGAGAAGCAGAGAAGAAACUACAAACUGUUCUUAAGGAAAAAGAAAGUUUGAAAGUUCAACUGCAACAAACAUUGGAAGAAAAUUCUCAAAACCAAAACCUUGAUGCAACCUACAAAGUAAUGGUCAAAGAAAAAGAUGAACAGAUUACUGAACUUUUACAAGAAGGGGAAAAAUUAUCCAAGCAACAGUUGCAGUGUAACAACAUCAUCAAAAAAUUGAGAGUUAAGGAAAAAGAAAGUGAUUCUCUCAUUUCCACUCAAAAGAAAAAACUUGAAGAACAAAAGAACGAACUUGAACGUUUGAAAGUUGUCUUGGAUUCAAAAGAAGAUAUGGAAAAAAAGCAAACAGAAGCCAUAGCCAAAUUGAAUUCUGCAGUUUUGAAGCAAGAUCGUGAUAUAAUCAAAAUGAAGAGUGACCUUGAAGAUGCUCAAGAAAAAGCUCGAGGUUUGCAAGUUGCCCUGGAUAACUCUUACAAAGAGAUUGCUGAAUUGAAUAAAUCAAAUGCAGCUCGUGACAGCAAAGUGCAUGAAGCUGUUCUCAGUGCAGAGAUGCAAGCCCGAGAUGAGUAUCAUCUCAAUAUGGAGAAAGAACGUAUGAAAAGUCGACUAGAAAAAGAAUCCCUUAUAAUGCAGAUUGAAGAUCUACGAAUGAGCCUAACGCGGAUGGAAAAGGAAUAUGGACGUCGUGAAGAUUUGUUAAAACGAGAGAUUGCUGACUUACAGCAGAGAUCCCAAGAAGAUGAGGCUCGUAAUCAAGACUUGACAAACAAUGUUACAUCAGCCACCCGUCCCUUGCUACGACAGAUUGAAAACCUCCAAUCAACGUUUGCUGCACAAUCAGCUCUGUGGGAGAAAAGAGAGAAAAGUCUCAUGGACAAAAUUACUGAAAUCAACAACCAAUUGGCCGUGGCCACUGAAAAGGACCAUAUUGCCACAGAAAAGGUGCAAGAUCAGUCUGCUAAAUUAAAAGCUCUAGAAACUCAAAUAUCCAGUAUUCGUCAGGAAAAGUCUCAACUCACUGCCAUGCUGGAAAUGGAAAAAUCCAAAUCAGAGAUGUUGGAGGAUAGCUAUAACAAUGCUGCAGCCCAACUUGAAGCUGUAAAGCAACAAAUGUCGAAUGAGAUUCAGGAAUUGAAAAAAGAGAAGGUUUAUCUUGAAACUCAGCUGGAAAUUGAGAAGACCAAAGUGGACACAGAAAAGAAGAAACUGAUCCAAUCACUUGAGCAAAUGAAAGAAAUGGAAAAAAGUUUUUAUUCUCGGGGGAGUCCAUCACCAAUUUCCUCUCACCGUGGUAGUCCUGGCAUCCCUACUGACAACCUUACUCUAAGAUCAUCCCCUUUGUCAAUCAGUGCAUUAUCUCAGGAUGAUCUCUUAGAGAAAAGUUUGCUGAUAGCCGCUGUUGCUUCAACAUCCAAUGGGAACAAGUCAAGUCUGUAUGAAAGUCUGCGUCAGGGUGGUGCAGCUAGUCUCCUGGAAAGUCUGCAGUCUCAGUUAAAACAGAAAGAGGGAGAAAUUAACCAAUUGCAGGAAGACAUUAGUCAAUUAGAAAAAACAAGGGAAUCUAUGGCUCGAGAACUUGUAAAUUUGUCUAACUUAAAUGAAGAUCUCCAAGAACAGGUGAAAGAACUUCCAGAAAUUAAAGAAAAACACUCAGAUUUAUUUCAACGCUACAAUGCCUUAUUACAAAUGUAUGGUGAGAAAGUUGAAGAGGCAGAAGAAAUGCGAAUGGAUCUUCAAGAUAUCAAGAAAAUGUACAAAGAUCAGAUUGACCAUCUAUUGGCCAAAUGA